AGCAUCUUCCCUCAACACGAUGGGCUGCGCAACUUGGUGACAACAUAUUCCUAGGAUCCAACAGACACAUGCUUCUCAAAGUCCAGAGCACACAUACUUAAUUGGGCCCAAUGCUUCAAAGGCUCAGGAUUUGAGGAGUCAAGGAAGCAAUAAAUCAAGUGGAACACUGGAACACGUUCAACAGCUUUUUCUUGUUCUGUGCAAUUGUCCCCUUCCUCCUCACACGUGUUUUUUCAUCAUGAUCUCAAGUUGCCAGUUGUGCUGUGUCCAGUGGCAGCAAGCGGAAGCAUUUCAUUUCAUGCAAAGCAUCGACUGUGACAUUGCAUCCUUGUCAAGAUUGGCUUGAGAUAGAGAUUGGUAGGGCGGCACGCGAUGUUGGCGAGUCUUCGCUGUCGACCACCAGGAUGUGGGAGAACCUUGAGAGAGGGCUCGAUUGAAGAGUUGGACAUUGAGAAAGAUGAUGGACCAGUCCAGCCGUCUCGGGUGUAUCCAAGCGCCAAAGACAGGCCAGCUUCGCUUGCCUGUGGCAUCGGACCAGUUUGUCGUUUCUCUGAACCAUCCUUUGGGGAGGAGCUGCUCAACCCAGGAGACACAGUGCCAUACCAGGCAAGCAAUGCAGCUUCGCUUCAGCCAAAGAUCGAUCUUCCUCCAGAUUCAACUCCAUACGUUGUGCUGGAAGGUGAGGAGUCUCCUGGACAUGAAGCAGAGAAGCUGGUCCAAGAUUUGGCCACUGUGAAAGAGAGUGUGGGCCAAUUGAACAAGUUGGUCAGCUUCCUUACAACCAUAGCUUUGAUUACAACGAUUGGCCUCUUGUCUCUCAUGUACCGCGACCUUAGCCCAGCAAAUCAGAUUCUUGCCAAAAGGUACACUCUGCUUGCCACAAUUCCUAUUGUGGCCUUGCUGUUUACCUGGUUCCACAUUUGGUUGGCAAUCCAAAUGAUGUUUUUGCCUCUAGAGUUUCAGGGAAUCUGGCAAUACAAGUCAACCGGCAUGGGCAUUGGUUGGCAAGGCCUGGUGCCUCGAAAGUGUGAGAAGAUGGCAAGGAUGUCUUACAAGUGCGCCCGUCCCUUUUUGGAGGGGCCUCGAGACUGGCUUAGUCGCGUGGAUUCCAAGAAGCUUGUGAGCGAAGUGAGAUCUGAGCUUCGUGUAGUGAUUGAUGGAGCGAUGGGACAUGUGCUGAAAAAGUAUUAUCCACGCACUGACAACCGGAUGCCUUCAUCCAUGCGAACUCAGCUCACAGAACAAGCCUUGGACAAGAUCCAAGAGACAUCGCCUUUAUUGUGGAAGCAAUUCACAAAUCAUUUAUGUGACGAUACAUAUGGGAUUGACAAUGACGGAAUGAUUGUGAAGGUCUUCACAGAGAACAAGGAAUUGUUAAACCAAUUCUUUCUGACCUUGGGUGACCGAGAAUUCCGUUUCAUUGAACAUUGUGGUGCGGCAAUGGGUUUCUUCUGUGGGCUUUUGCAAUUGCUGGCCUUCAACAACCUAAGCAGCACGGGUCGCGCUAUAUUCUUGCCCGUCACAGGCUUCUUGUUGGGCAUCGUGACCAAUUGGCUUGCAAUCCUCAUGGUUUUCAAGCCGUGCUUUCCCAAGCCAAUCAAAGUGUGUGGUUGGCACAUUUGUGAUAUCCAGGGACUCUUCUUGAAGCGGCAGCCUGAAGUUUGUGUGCUUUACUCGAAGAUGCUGAAAGACAAUUUUCUGUCUUUCAACAAGAUCAUUAGUUAUUUGCAGACACUUCCAGAGCUUUGGGAGCGGCUGAAGAUAGCUUACACUGAGCAUAGUGCAAAAGUUCUACGACAGACUUUGGGCUCCUCUGCAACUUGGCUUGCAGAGUGGAUGAUUGGGCCAGAAGGCUAUCGUGAUCUUGAAGAAGAUCUAAAGGUGGCCCUUGUGGAAGGCCUCUACAAAGCUCAUCGAUUGCAUGCACUCUCCUCUCAAUACAUCUCAAGAGUGACAAACAUAGAAGCCCGAAACAGAGAAUGCCUGCAGCGAAUGCCUCCAGACGAGUUUGAGAACUUGCUACAUCCUGUUUUCCAGGAAGACGAGUGGAUUCUCAUCUUGCUUGGCGGAGUUUUGGGAGCAAUCGUGGGCAUAGCACAAGUCUACGUUCUCUCAGAGUGAAUCUGUGCCCAUGAUAAGGACAAAGGAAAAGCUAGUGACAUGAAGUGUGCGUCAAGCCAGCAAUGGUCUUGGCAUUUUCCUGAACAGUCAGUAUAUCCUGCCAAAGGCAGCUUUGGACUACAGCGACAGUGACAUGCAGAAAAUUACUGACA